GCUCCCCACGCGGGCCGGCCGGCUCGCGCGUUUGCUCGCCCCGCCCCUCUCCCCCUACCCCGACGCCGCAGCUGGGCGCUUGCGCGGGGCGCGUGGCCGUGGCCGGGGUCUCCGCCGCCGCCGCCUCCGCCGCCGCCGCCGCCUCCGUCAGUCAGUCCCCAGCAAUGGCGGAAGGAGGUGAGCGGGAGGAGCUGCUCUCGCCGCCGCCAGUCUCUCCGGCCAAGCGCCUGUGCUCGUGGCCCAGCCCGCAGGCUCACCACCCUCGCGGCUCGCCGGGGACGGCCGGCGGCGGGGUGGGGGGCGUCGGCGGCAGCUGCCUGCACCCCGGGGCCCGCCCCCACCUGCAGCCCGAGUCCUUGCUGGACUGCGCCGCUAAGACGGUGGCGGAAAAGUGGGCGUACGAGCGGGUGGAGGAGCGCUUCGAGCGGAUCCCGGAGCCGGUGCAGCGCCGCAUCGUCUACUGGUCCUUCCCGCGGAAUGAGCGGGAGAUCUGUAUGUACUCCAGCUUCCAGUACCGGGGCGGCCCCGGCGCCGGCGCCGCUGGCGGCGCCGCGGGGGCUUCGCCGGCCGAGGAGGGGCCGCCGCCACCCCCCGGGGCCGCCGCUCCGGCCGGCUCCGCCCCCGGGGCCGCCGCAGCGGGGGCGUCCCCCGGUCUGGGCGCGGGGGCCGGAGCGGCCGGUGGCGGCGGCGAGGGGCUGCCGUUCCGCCGGGGCAUCCGUCUGCUGGACAGCGGCUCCGUGGAGAACGUGCUGCAAGUCGGCUUCCAUCUCAGUGGCACAGUAACUGAGCCGGCUACUGCUUCUGAACCAUCAGUGACUUACAAAGUUGCAAUCAGUUUUGAUCGAUGCAAAAUCACUUCAGUGACAUGUGGCUGUGGGAACAAAGACAUAUUCUACUGUGCUCAUGUGGUAGCGCUCUCACUCUACAGGAUCCGUAAACCAGACCAAGUCAAAUUGCGUCUUCCUAUCUCAGAAACCCUUUUCCAGAUGAAUAGAGACCAGCUACAAAAGUUUAUUCAAUAUUUAAUCACAGCACACCACACUGAAGUGCUUCCUACUGCACAGAAACUGGCAGAUGAGAUUCUAUCCUCCAACUCAGAAAUCAACCAAGUGAAUGGUGCCCCUGACCCCACAGCUGGAGCCAGCAUUGAUGAUGAGAACUGUUGGCAUUUGGAUGAAGAACAGGUGAAAGAACAAGUGAAGCUCUUUCUCUCCCAGGGUGGUUACUAUGGUUCUGGAAAGCAGCUCAAUUCAAUGUUUGCCAAGGUUCGAGAGAUGCUGCGGAUGAGAGAUUCCAAUGGAGCCAGGAUGCUGACGCUAAUAACUGAGCAGUUUAUGGCCGACCCACGACUCACACUCUGGAGGCAGCAAGGAACAAGCAUGACAGAUAAGUGCAGGCAGCUCUGGGAUGAGCUAGGGGCUUUAUGGGUGUGCAUCAUUUUAAAUCCACAUUGCAAACUGGAGGAAAAAUCCUGUUGGCUGCAGAAACUGCAGAAGUGGAGCGACCUGGAUGUCUGUCCCCUGGAGGAUGGGAACUAUGGGCAUGAGCUGCCCAACAUCACCAACGCACUUCCCCAGAAUGCCAAUCACAGCCCAGACUCCUUAUCCAGACCAAGACGAACUGUGUUCACUAGAGCCAUCGAGGGCCGUGAAUUGCAUUGGCAGGACAGCCACUUACAGCAAAUAAUCAGCAGCAAUAUAUAUACAGCUCCUGCCUGCCAGCGAGAAAGAGAGAGACUACUCUUUAAUUCCCAAGGCCAGCCACUGUGGCUUGAGCAUGUACCUACAGCCUGUGCUCGGGUUGAUGCCUUGCGUUCUCAUGGUUAUCCUAAAGAGGCCCUCAGACUCACGGUGGCCGUUAUCAAUACUCUGAGGUUGCAGCAGCAACGGCAGCUGGAAAUCUAUAAGCAUCAGAAGAAAGAACUGUUGCAAAGAGGAACCACAACCAUCACAAACCUGGAAGGCUGGGUGGGCCACCCCCUGGAUCCCAUUGGCUGCCUAUUUCUUACUUUGACUGACGCCUGCCGCCUAAAUGAUGAUGGCUAUCUGGAAGUGUCAGAUAUGAAUGAAAGCAGAGCCCCUGUGUACCAGCAUGUACCCGUGGCUGCAGGCUGCCCAAACAGCAGUGAGUCCUACCUGUCAUUGGCCCUGGAAGUUGCUCUGAUGGGGAUGGGUCAACAGAGGGUGAUGCCUGAAGGCCUCUACGCGCAAGACAAGGUGUGCCGUAAUGAGGAACAGCUCCUGAGUCGACUUCAGGAGCUGCACCUAGAUGAUGAGCUGGUGCGAACACUGCAGAAACAGUGUGUCUUACUACUGGAAGGAGGCCCCUUCAGCGGUCUGGGAGAAGUCAUCCACCGAGAGAGUGUUCCCAUGCAUACCUUUGCCAAGUAUUUGUUCUCAGCUCUGCUGCCUCAUGAUCCAGACUUGUCCUAUAAAUUGGCCUUACGUGCCAUGAGGUUACCUGUUCUAGAAAACUCAACUUCUGCAGGUGACACUUCCCACCCUCACCAUAUGGUGUCUGUGGUGCCCAGCCGUUAUCCUCGCUGGUUCACACUUGGACACUUGGAAUCACAGCAGUGUGAACUGGCCUCCACCAUGCUGACUGCUGCCAAAGGGGACACUCUGAGGCUCCGAACAAUCCUGGAAGCAAUACAGAAGCACAUCCAUUCUUCCUCCCUCAUCUUCAAAUUGGCCCAAGAUGCAUUCAAGAUUGCUACUCCCACAGACAGUACUACUGACAGCACCCUGCUCAACGUGGCCCUGGAGCUGGGGUUACAGGUGAUGAGGAUGACCUUAUCAACCCUUAACUGGAGGCGCCGGGAGAUGGUGCGAUGGUUGGUGACAUGUGCUACAGAAGUGGGUGUGCAGGCCCUGGUGAGCAUCUUGCAGAGCUGGUACACACUCUUCACCCCCACCGAGGCUACUAGCAUUGUGGCUGCCACAGCCGUAUCCCACACCACUAUCCUGCGCCUCAGUCUUGACUAUCCACAGCGGGAGGAGCUGGCUAGCUGUGCUCGCACACUGGCCCUACAGUGUGCUAUGAAGGAUCCACAGAGCUGUGCCCUGUCAGCCCUUACGCUCUGUGAGAAAGACCAUAUUGCCUUUGAGGCAGCCUACCAGAUCGCCAUCGAUGCUGCCGCUGGUGGCAUGACCCAUUCACAACUGUUCACCAUCGCCCGCUACAUGGAGCUCCGUGGCUACCCGCUACGUGCCUUCAAGCUGGCCUCACUGGCCAUGAGCCAUCUCAAUUUGGCCUACAACCAGGACACCCACCCGGCCAUCAACGAUGUGCUCUGGGCAUGUGCCCUCAGCCACUCUCUGGGCAAGAAUGAGCUGGCGGCCCUCAUUCCCCUGGUCGUGAAGAGCGUGCACUGUGCCACAGUGCUUUCAGACAUCCUGCGGCGCUGCACAGUGACUGCACCUGGCCUGGCUGGCAUCCCAGGCCGCCGCAGCUCCGGAAAGCUCAUGUCCACCGACAAAGCUCCACUGCGCCAGCUGCUGGAUGCCACCAUCAAUGCCUAUAUCAACACCACACACUCACGCCUGACACACAUCAGCCCUCGCCACUACGGAGAGUUCAUUGAGUUUCUGAGCAAGGCUCGGGAGACCUUCCUGCUGCCCCAGGAUGGCCAUCUGCAGUUUGCCCAAUUCAUCGACAACCUCAAACAAAUCUACAAAGGCAAGAAGAAGCUGAUGCUGCUGGUACGAGAGCGCUUUGGCUGAGAAAGCAGACCGCUCACUGCCGGGGCAGCCUGAGCUCCCAGGUGCCAUCAAGUCAGGCCAAGGACACUGAAACAUUUGUCCACCCUGAGAGGACGCUGAGCACCUCUGGCUGAAGCCAAAGGACCACAGGGCUAAGCAUGGGGAAGGUCCAACUCGAGUCAAUAUGCCUGCCUUGGCCAGGUUCUCACAACAGCCCACUGUUCCUGGAGGAGCUGGGCUCUGCAGAUCGAUCAGAAACCCCACAACGUGCCACCUCACACCCCUAUAUUCUGCGUAGUCCUGGGCAUUGGCCCUCUCUCCCUUGGCAAACAUAGAACACUGUUCCGUCUCAGGGAUUGCUUAACCAGAGCAACAGAAGCAUUAAUGGUACUGUAAAUACUAUAGUAUAUGUGUUGACAAUUACGUUGUAAAAUUGUAACUAUUUAUAAUUCUGAUUCUAAUUUGAUGGGUCCUUGAAGUAGCUGUGGGUAGGAAGAUGGGCUUGUUUUCUGAGGAGACUCACAACCAUUUCUCAGGUUUCCCUCGCAGAGUCUAUGCCAUUGGCAGUGGAAGAGUGGAGGUGGCAGGGAGAAAAAUGGCCAGUUAGAAUAAAUCCCAAGUCUAGUCUAUGCAGAAACCCCAGCCUGCAGACAGGGCAUCUGUAGUCCAGCGGUGAGUGAGGGGCAGGGCCCAGUCUGGACUUCUCACGAAGCCAUCAGGACACUGAAGCACUUGCUCCUGUCUCACGCAGCCACUCUAGAGCCUGCUGAGCUCCUGAGAAACAAAUGCAGGGAGAAGGUGAAGGUCUGGGAGGCCGCUGAGCUCAUAAUAUUCAUCUACCCUGGUCACCUUGGUGUUAGAGAGUGUCUGGUUUCAUCUCUAAUUAUAUAUGUGUGUGUAUAUAUCUGAAUGGCUAAGUACACGUGUCUGUAUGCAUAGAUAUAGCUGUGCAUGCCUGUGUGUGCACAUAUAUAUUUAUGUGUAUCUGUGUCAGAUCUGUGUCUACGUGAAUACAUGUCUGUGCUGGACUGGGGGUUUCUGUGUGAGGGUAUACACAUUUGUGAACAUAAAAGAAUAGGUAUCUGUGUGUGUGUUCGUGUUUGUUGAUGCAUGUUUAGUGUGUGUAUCUGAGCACACACGAGUGCAUGUGUAUAAACAUGUUUGUGUCUGCGUGUAUGCCUGCUCUCCAUUCAUCUGUCUCCAUAUGUGUAACUGUGUAUAUUUCGACAUGUAGGUAUGUCUGAGUUCAUGUUUGAGGAUCUGCAUGAAUGUGCCCCUUCUCUUUUUGCCAGAUCUCUCUUCCCCAUUCCUCUUAGUCUCUCUCACCAGCUAAACAUGUUCCCCAUCUCCGUGUCUGCUCUAUUCACCAUUCUCUCCCCAGACAAGCUUCUAAGCACUAGUCUCCCUCUACCCUAAGAGUAGCUCCUUCAGCUCCACAGUUCUCUUCUCACCCUGUACUUACUUUCUUCCCCUGCCUUUCUACCUCAAGCUUCUGCCUGCUUUUGUCACAGUCCCAUUGGUCGCUGAUUUGGAGGCUGGGGCUGGAAUGCCAUUUGGUCUUUCCCUUUCUGACUAGUUUCUAGACCUAGUGGGCAACCCCUGUCUUAGCCCUGGCUGACCUCCACAGUGUAUCAUGUUCCUGCUACCCUCCCAACCCCUAUGCUCAGCCUGGAAUUGUUAUAGGAGGUAGCAGGGGCAUUCAGAAGAGUCAUUUGGAUGCCAGUGUCUUGGUGUUUACUGUUUGAUGUUUUAGUUCCUGAGUAGGGGGUGGGGUGUGAUAGGGAAGGGGUGGUUAGCUAGAGUGUGAACGGAGAACCUCUCUGUUUUAUUUUCCUUUCUUUGACAAAUGGUUGUCACUUUUUUUUCUUUUUUUUUUUGCUCCACACUAACCAAUAAGUUGUAUUUGCUGUUCGUGGCUACUGAAGUCUUAUUGUCCAGCCAUGGGCCCGUACAACCUCUCAGCCCAACAGGUUGGUAAAAAAAAAGAAGAAGCCACUCCCAUUUCUGUAUCACAAUUGCCAUUUUUUAGCAAGUGUGUGAACUCACAGUGCUUUUCUAUGAAUAAAUCAUGAAUCACAGAAAAGAUCAUUUUUCUAAAAUCAGAAAUGGUGUUCUAUCAGUAAAUGGGGCCCUUCCCUCUCUUCUGCAUUGCCCUGGCUGGGAUAGGAAGCCGGUUGGGCCUAUAGCACAGUGGGUUCCCAGUGGUGUCAGGAGAUGUGAAAUGAUGAAGAAUUUCCUGCCUCACCAGACCCCUCUCCAGAGCUCACAGGCACCUCAGAGCCUUGUCCCAGGAAGUAGGUACCACCAUGAUGGGCAGAAACACCAAGAUCCUGACAAAAUGGGAGGGU